AUGUGUACUGUUUAUAUAUAUUCCAAAAAUAUGCUUGUGGUUAAUAGUAAUAAUAAUAAUAAUAAUAAUAGUAAUAAUAAUAUUUAUAGUAAUAUUAAAAAUGAUAAAGUGGAUAUGUUAAUUUAUAGUUUCUAUCAAUUAAUGGAUCCUUUAAGUGAUGUCGAAAGAAAAUCAUUAUGGCUUUUUUUAUUCAAUAAGAAGAGAUGUAUUAAUAAUGUUUCAUAUGAAAAUAUUACGAAAAUGUUAUUAUAUGAUGAUGAUUUAUACAUGUCAAUAUUAUAUGAUACAAAUAUAUUAUUAUAUUUUGAAAAAAAAAAAAAAUUAUUAUAUGCUAUUACAAUUUAUACUUAUGUACAUGCAAUUUAUUAUUUGUUGUUACAUAUAUGUGGAAAUAUUAUAUCAAUUUUGGAGAGCCAAAAUAUUGUUCAAUUUAAUAAAGUAAUUCAUAAUAAAAAAUAUAAUGAAUAUUGUUGUAGUUAUAUAAAGUACAAUGAAAAUUCAAUAUGUGAGGAGGGUGUGAGAAAAAAAGGAAGAAAAAAAAAAAAAAAAAAGCACAAUAUAAUUACUAAACAAAUUAUAAAUAUUUAUAAAAGUAUAGGAUUUAUUGUAACACCUUAUGUGGAUAUAAGUUGUAUAAGAUAUGAAUCUUUUAAUACAUUAAGAAUAUUUAUUAUGUUGUAUUACAGUCAUAAUGAUACCAAUUUUAUGAAAAAAAAAUUCAUAUAUUAUGGAUAUCUUAAAGAAACUGAAAAAAUGAUAGAACAUUUUAUAUACAAAUAUGAAAAUCCAAUUUUUAAAUAUUUAAAAAAAAAUAUGGUAGCUUACGUAAAAAUAUUCUUUUCUUACCCUCUAAAUAAUAAAAACAUACAAAAUGUUUAUAUGUUAAGAUCUAUAUGUAUAUAUAUUUUUGAACGUCAAUGUUUGAAAUUUUGUCAUUUAAAUAAUUAUAUAUUACAACGUAAUUAUUUGAAAAAGUCUUAUAAAUUUUUUUUAUCACUUCCAAAAUUAUUAAAAUAUUUGGUAUCAUUUCGGUUCCCUAAUAAAGAAUUUAAUAUUUUUAUUAACUUUUCUUCUUAUAAUUUUCAUCAUUUCCCUUUUAAUUAUAUGAUAAUAUAUUCUUUCAUAUUAGUGUUUCUAAUUAUAAUAUAUUUUUUUAAAAAUAAUAUCAAGAGAAUAUGUAGGUAUAUUAAAUACUAUGCAAUGGUGGAGAGGCGUAAUAUUAUUCAUGUGUGCUAUAAAAGACUAUAUGAUAAGAUGAAUAAAAUAUCUGAUCCUUUUAUACAGAUUUAUUCAAAUGAGUAUACACAUAUGUAUGAAUAUAUUAUGGAACUUUGCUUUAAUGUGAAACAUAUAAUAAGUUAUAAUAAGGAGUCGCUAUAUAAAAAAAAUAUAAAUGACAAUAAUCAUAAUAAUAAUUAUAGUAAUAAUAAUGAAAAUCGCAAUAAUUACAAUCAUAAGAAUAAAAAUAAUGCAAAGGAUAUUUUAAAAUUCUGCAGUUUCAAUAGGAUCAAUUAUAAUAAUCGCAAAGAACAAGAAGACGACGACGAUGAUGAUGAUGAUAGUAAUAAAAAAAAACAACCUUCAAAAUACGAAUCAGAUGAUAUACAAUUUGUUAUAGUGAAGAGAAAAAAUGUUCAGAUUAAUGAUAAUAAUCAUUUAAAAAUUAAAAAAAGAGUUAUGAAAAAAAAAAUUGAAAAAAGAAAGAAAGCUUAUAGUAUUAAUAUAAGUUGUCAAAAAUUUAAUACUCACAUAUUAAAAUUGAAAACAUAUAAUAAAAGAACAUUUUAUAUUAAUAUGAAUGAAUAUAAAAAAGUUGUAUUUAAAAAGUUAAAAUGUAUGAAUAAAAGAAUAAGUACUUAUUUCAUUAAAGACAGAAAUGGUUUUACUAAUAUGUAUAAGUCUAAAAAAAGAUAUUUUGCUAAAAUAUUAAAAAAAAAAAAAUAUGUACAUACAUAUGAAUCAAAUAAAAGGGAUAACAAUUAUUUUUAUUUAUAUGAACAAUCGUUUAAAGAUAAAAUGUUGAGAUCAUUAUUUUAUGUUAUUAAAUAUAAAAAUCUUUGUGAUAAUUUGAUAAAUAUAAAUUAUCAAGUUUAUGACUUAUUAAAUAAAAAUGAAAAGAAAAAAAUUAAUUAUAUAGACAAUAAUAGGAAUUUGAAUCGUAUUAAUGAAUAUAAUCAAUUUUGUUUGAAUGAUUAUAAUGAUUGGGCAGCAUAUACAAAAAAUGAUAUUUUAAAUUAUAUUUCUAAUUAUUUGUAUGUAUCACAUAUAUAUAAUGAUUUUGAAAAGAUAAAUAAGACAUUACAAAGAAUAUUUACCUGUAAUAUGGAUACUUUUUAUAAUAAUAAUAAUAAUAUUGAUGAAAUUAUAAAUUUGAAUAAUAGUGAUUUGCAUAAUCAAAAUAAAUAUAAUAUAUCAGAGAAAUCAUUUAAUAGUAGUAAUAUGCAUUGGUUUGGUUAUAAAAAAGGUAUGGAAGAUGAAAAUAAAUAUUACAUACCUUUGAAUAACGUGAUGAAUGACAAAAUGAAUGGAUACUACAACACAAAUAAUUAUGUUAAUUGUAUAAAUAAAGAUAUUACAGAAAAGAUGAAGGUUACUAAAAUGAAGACAUUAAACAAAGUUGUAAUUUAUAAUAAUAAUAAUAAUAAUAAUAAUAAUAAUAAUAAUAAUGAUUAUGAUGAUAAUAAUAAUCAUAGUGAGGUUGGUAAAAAAAAAAAAAAAAGUUUAGAAGAAAAACAAAUAUAUAUAGAUGAACAUGUGGAAGAAAAUACUAUUCAUAUAUUAAACUUACAAGAAAAGAAUUUAUGUAAAUAUUUUCAAGAAAGCCAAAUUGGAUUAAUAAAAUAUAUCGAUUGCUUACUAAAUGAUUACCUUAAAAAUAUGAAUCUCGAUAAAUAUAUCAAUAUAAUUUAUAAAGAUACAUAUAAUAAUAAUAAAAUAUAUAAGGAUAAUAUAGUAGGAGCUUUUUAUAAUUUAUUUUCAUCUGUUAAGAUUGAUGAUAUGAUUAAGUGUAAUUAUGAAACAUUUCAAAUUUUAUUAAAUAAAAAAAUAGGAGAUAUAUUAAAUAUUUUAGAUAUAUUAAUAAACACCUACAAAUCUUACGAAUAUAAUAGUAUGGAUUGUUCAUGUGAUGUGAAGGAAUAUGAAAAUGUAUUUAAUAAGAAUUAUGAGUACAAUAAUUUUUUAAAUAAUAAAUAUAAUACAAUUGGUAAUAAGGAAGUACCUAUAAAUGAAAAUCAUUUGUUGGUUAAGAAACGAACAAACAAAGAUAAUCAAAUAUAUAAAAAGAGUGAUAAAGUUAUAUAUGAAAAUGUUUGUGAUGAUAAUUUUAUAGUUAAUCGUAAGGUGUCUUCUAAUAAAAACUGCAUAAGUAUUAUGAAUCAAACUAAUAAUAGUGAUAGUAGGAAAUUAAAUUAUUUUAUAAAAAAUGAAAUAUAUGAUAUGGAAUGUAACCAGAGGACAGAAACAAAUCCGAAUAGUGAAAGAUCAUAUGGUAUAAUAUAUAAUGAAAAUGAUAUGAGAAUUAAUUUGGACAUGUUAUUAAAAAAUGAUAUAUCGCUAUUUAAUAAAAGUAGAACUGUAAAUAGAACACACUGCGAUAGAAUUGAAAAUAAUAGUAAUGAUGAUAAUAAUAUAUAUAGAGGUAGAUAUAUUAAUCAACAUAACAUUAUUAGUAACGAAUGUAUGAGGCAACAUAUUAAAUAUACAAAUAUAAAUUAUAACAACCAUAAGAAUAACUGCAUAAACGAAAAUGUAAGAAAGAAAAAUACCAUUACACUGAAUAAUGCAUUGAAUUAUAAUACAAAUGAAGAAGAUAAGGAAAACAUUAGUUAUAGUGAUAAUCAUAUACAUAUGAAGAGAACUAUGAAAAAUUAUUCACAUAGUUUGGAUGUCCAUUCUAUAAAUAAGGAUAAACAGUUAAAUGAUACUAACAAUUAUAAUUUCAUUAAAUGGAAAAAUGUUCUUCCAUAUUGUAAUACUUGUAAAAAUAAAUAUGAUAAUAAAAUUGAAAUAAAUAAUUUUGAUAAUAACAUUAUAAAUAAAUAUGAAAAGAAUGAGUGUACGUAUUGUAGUAAUAAAAUACAACAUGAUAAAAUAUAUAAUAUAGUAGGAAAGGUUAAAUCUGAAAAUUCAAGGAAUAUAUAUAAAUCAAAUAGAACAAAUAAUACUGAUAAUAUUUUAGGAUACAAUAGGGAAAACAAAUGCAUGAAUUCAUAUUGUGUAAAAAAAAAUAGUAGUAGGAGAAUAUACAAAGAUGAAAAUUAUGAAUAUAAAAAUGAUGAAUAUAAAAAUGAUGAACAUAAAAAUUAUGAAUAUAAAAAUGAUGAAUAUAAAAAUGAUGAACAUAAAAAUUAUGAAUAUAAAAAUGAUGAACAUAAAAAUUAUGAAUAUAAAAAUUAUGAACAUAAAAAUUAUGAAUAUAAAAAUGAUGAACAUAAUAAUUAUGAACAUAAAAAUGAUGAAUAUAAAAAUUAUGAAUAUAAAAAUUAUGAAUAUAAAAAUUAUGAACAUAAAAAUUAUGAACAUAAAAAUGAUGAAUAUAAAAAUGAUUGUUUUUUAAAUAUAAAAGGAGGAAAAAAAAGUAUAUUUGAAAAUGUAUUCAAACGUAAUGACUUAAAAUUCAAAUUAAUAAAUGAAGAAAAUAUAACAAAACCAAAUAACAAUGUUUAUGUUAAUAUUUCACAAAAGAAUGAUAUAGAAAAAAUUGAAAAGCAACGAGACUGUAAUAAUUCAUUAUUAAAAUUAUCUUCAUAUGGAAUAAAUAAAAGUAACAAUAAUAAUGGUAUUAUUAUUCACAAUAAUUGUAAUAUAAACAAUAUAGACCAUUUAAGUAGCUGUAAUAACAUACCUAGUAGCAAUAAUGUUUUAAGCACUAAUAACAUUGAUAGUAGUAAUUAUAGAAAUGAUAUGUGUCUUAACACGAAUGACAGAAUUAUAUUUCAUCAAUAUAAAAAUAGUUGUAUGAUUAAUGAUAAUAAUGAUUAUAAUAGUAAAAGUAUAAAUGAAUGUGAAGCAGAAGAUACUAAAGAUACCAAUGAUGUUAAAGAGAUAUCUAAUGGUGUUUUCUAUAACUAUUUGAAUGAUAUGAAUGAUAUGAAUGAUAUGAAUGAUAUGAAUGAUGUGAAUGAUAUGAAUGAUAUGAAUGAGAGAUUUUAUUACAAUUAUUUGGAUGAUAAUAAAUAUGAUAGUGAUGGAAGAAGUAAUCAUAUUUGUAGUAAUAAAGAUUAUAGUAAAAAAUAUUAUAGUAACAAUAAUUAUUAUAAUAAUCAUAAUUGUAGUAAUAAUGUAUAUUAUAAUUAUGAUAGUAUUCUGUCUAGUGAAAAUCAAAUAUAUAAACAUAUACAAGAAUGUAAGGAUAUCAAUUUUAUAAAUGAUAUGCAACAUUACAAACUUAGUACUAUUAAAAAUAAGGAUAAUAAUAUUAUUAAUGGUGAUAUAAUACAGAGUUAUAAAAAUAAAAACAGUAAUAAUAAUUAUGAUAAAGGAAAUGUGGGAAAUUAUUAUGAUAUAAAAAUAAAAAAAAAUUCAAGUAAUAUGAAUAAUUCUAAUAAUAUAAUAAAAUAUGAACAAAAUAAUGAUGAUAUAAAAGUUGUUUCAAAUAUACCUUAUGAUUUUUUAAAAAAAAAAAGGAAUAGUACUGAAAAUACACUUUUGAUAAAUCAUCACAAUAAUAAUAGUACUGAUAAUAAUAAUUAUUAUUAUAAUUAUAAUAUAAAUAAUGAUCUUUUAUUUCAUCAACUAAAUAAUAUUAGUAAUAACAGAAAUAAUGAUAUAUCUUUAGAAAGGCGAUUAAAUGAUUUUAAAAAUUCCUUAAUAAAUAAAAAUAAAACAAAUGAAACAGGGAAAAAACAAGUUGACGUUUUGAGAAAUCUUAAAAGUAAGAUAGAUGUUUUUUCUUAUGUAGAAAAUUAUCUUUUAGAUAAAAAUAUUGAAAGCAAUAAAAAUUAUAUGAAAUUGAAAAUUAAUGAAAUUGAAGACACUAAAACGAAUAAUAAGUAUUAUAAAAAUUAUGAGAAGUGUACAAAUAAAUAUAAUUGUAAUAAUAAUAAUAAUAAUAAUAUCAUAUUUAAUAUUGAUGAAAAUGAUUGUAAAACUUCUAAUAACAAGUCAAGAACUCUAUCAUUACAAAACGAAAAUAUACGUGAAAAUGAUUUUUUGAAUUCAUUUAAAAUGUAUGAAAAUAUAAAUGAAAAUUAUAAUGUACUUGAACAGAAUAUAAAUAAUAUAAAAAUUAAAAAUGAACUAAGAUACCCACAACAAAAUAGCCAUCAUGAAAAUAAUAAUGACGUAAUUAAUAAUAAAAAUAGUGAUGAUAACAUAUGUAAUAAUAAUAUUCAUUUAAUGAACCAAAUAAGUAAUACAAAGGAUGAUGACUUAAAUGUUAAAAUAAUUAAUACUAAACAAUGCUCGUUCUCUAAUAAUAACAUAAAACAAACAUGUAAAGAUAAAAAAAAAAUACAAGAUAUAUUACAUAUAAAUGGACAAUGUAAACCAUGUGCAUUUUUUUACAAUAAAAACAAAGGAUGUAGAAACGGGGAUUCUUGUGAAUUCUGUCAUCAUGUAGAUCAUUCAAACCUAUCAUUAAAACAGUGGAAAAAACAACAGAAAAAAAUGAUGAAACUAGGUCUUUUAAAUAACGAAAAACUAAACAUAAUGGCAAGGAUAGAAAUAGCUAAUAAAGAAAAAGAAAAGAGUUGUAUUAAUAUGGAAAACAUAAAUAAUAAAAAAAACAUUACUAUAAAUAAUGAAAAUUAUAUAAGAAAAAAUAAUGGUAAGUUAAAUGAGCCUAAUAAUAAUAUAGAAGACUAUACGAGUGAAAAUAAGGAGAAUAUUAUAAAUAAAAAAUUGAAUGCUUAUGAUAUUUUUAUAAGUCAACAGAAACUAUGUAAUGAUGUGACUAGCAUGAAUAAAAAAGAAUGUAAUAAACAAAGUGAUAAUAUUUUUAAUAAUUCAUAUAUUGAUGGAUAUAAUGUAAACAAUGUUCGAAGUACUAAUCAUAUAAGUAAUAAUAGCAUUAUAAUUAACAAACGAAUGAUAAGUAAUAACAAAAUUGUUAUUAAUAAUCAACGUAUAAGUAAUAAAAAUAUGAUAUUUAAUAACAACAUUAUAAGUAAUAAUAUUAUUAUGUAUAAUAAAAAGAAAAGUAGUAACAGCAGUAGUAGUAGUUGUAUCAAUGCAAUACAUCGAAACAAAAGUACUAAUAAUUUUGUAAGUAGUAAUAUCUUGAGAAACAUGACUAAUAAAAAGAUAGACUUAAAAAAUAAUAUGAUUUUUAAAAAAAUGUCCACAAAUAAUUGUGAAAUGAAAAAUCCUAAUCUCUGUUCUCUUUUGUCAAAUGCAUCUGAAAAUGGUUCCUACAAAACAAAUGAUUUUCUAAACGAAAAUGAAAAAUAUAAAACUAAAGAUAAUGAUAAUCAUAAAUUUAGUGAUAAUAAAAGGGGGAAUAAUAUAUUGAAAAGUCAUAAUAUUAAACAUAAUAAUAUUAAUGAUAUAAAUGUAUUACAUAGUGAUAAUAAGUUUCAUAAUAUUCACACAAAUAAUCAUAUAGGCGAUUUAAAAUAUGAAGGUAGAAAUAUUACGAAUGAUAGGUUCAAAAAGAAUAUCAUGUUAAAAAAUAAAACAAAUGAAAAAGAUCCUAUAAGACAAAUAAAGCAUACCAAUAUUGAGGAGGAAAAUAAAAAAUAUCUUCUUCCUCUUAAUCAUAAUGAAAUAUAUUUAGGAGAGGACAAUAAAAUAAAGAGUGAAAAUAAUGAGACAGAAAAUAAUGCUAAACUACGAACAAAAAUUAUAAAUAACAUUGAAAAAAAUCUUUUAGAAAAUAGACAUUUAAAUUUUAAUAAGAGUCAUAAUUAUAACAGUAUGAUAAAUAAUAUGAGUCCUUUAAAUAUGAAUAAUGUUUGUCAUGAUAAAAGGAAGAUAAUGAGUAUGACUAAAGAUAUAGAAAAAAAUAUUAUAAAAGAAACAAACUUAUUUCCUAAAUUUAUAAGAAGCAAUAAUAAAAUAGCUCAGGAUUUCAUAAAUGUUACUGAUAAUAAAAGUACACGUGAUAUUACAUGUAUUAAUGAAAUAUUAAAGCGCGAACCUUUAAAAUAA